UACAAAUUCUUCUUCUUCUUAAUUAACUUUAUUAUUGCUAUUUUAAGACCGUUCACAACUCCAGGUUGUUUAAUUUACAAAUGUACACAAAGAACAAUCAAUAAAAUCCAGUCAACUCCAAAUGGUUGACAGAAAACAUGCCCGCGAUAAGUCAAAACAACAAAAAACCAUCGCUAGGCAAAAAUUUCAUCUUCAGUUUUCGAUGAUCAAGAUCCCUUGACAGUCCUUCUUGUAAUUCAACUUGUGAUAUUCCAAAUAGAUUCAAAUUUUUCUUAUGUCUCGAUUGUGAUCUGUCAAUGUAAUUAAUAUAUUCUGCUGUAUUCCGAGAUGAUCGAUUCCUGUUUGUCAAUGUUGAUUUGUUGAAAUCCAGUCAGCACCAAUUGAUUGAUAGAACUUGCCCGCGAUACAUGGGGAAACACGCAAAACCUAUCGCGUGACAAAUUCUCCUCACAAUUGAAGCUAAUCCGUUGUAUUCCAAUAAUAUUCAAAUGUCUAGGUUGUGGUUAUGAUAGAACCUUCUUGUCCACAAUUGUUGGUAAAACACAAAAAACCCACGUGAAACAGUUGAUUCUCCUCACAACUGCCGCCGAUCGUGUUUUGUCAAUGUAAUUAAAUGUUCUUUGGUAUUCCGAUGAUGAUCAAUUCCGUUUUAUCUAGGUUAUGUGCAAAAUUUGCACAUUCUUUUUUCAAUUUCAAUUUAUAUCCAAAAUUUAAUUAAAUCGCGACUUUGCUGAGUUUUCUCCUUGGUAUCUUUGUUCUUUGUUACUUUGAAGACAGGUUCAGUAGGUUUGUGACUUAUUCCUACGCGUAAUUAAUUAAUUUUGAAGUAUUACACAAUUCCACAACCUCCUCAUUCGGAGGUUGGGAGAAAACUCCACCUUACAAAUUCAACCAAACAAUUCAAAAAUUUUACAAAAUUCAAACAAAUUAUUCAAAAACCUUUCAAAUUCAACAAAAUUAUUCAAAAAUAAUACAUCAAAUUUGAUAAUUUUCCGAUAAGGCGAUUAAUCAUACGUGACCAAUUAUUAUUGACUUAAGGUUUUUGUUUCGAUUAUCAUUGUCGAUUAUUAGCUUUUAAUACAAUUAAGUUGUGUUUUUACAAGCUUAUGACAAGUUGUUGUGUCGUAAAAAACCAAAACACAGAAACAAACACGCAACCAAUUGCUUGACGUCGAAGAUCUAAAAUAAUAGUAAUGGACUUUUGAUUUAUUAAUAAUAAGAAGGAAAUAUUUUAAAAUAUGAAUGUAUUAAUCUUUGAAGCACUUCAAUUUCUUAAAACCGUACAAAUCCUAAUCAUUUGAACAAUCAAAUUACAAUUUUGAUGAAUUUGUAAGGUUUAUUAAGAAUUUCAAAUGAUAAACUGUCAAUUUUAAUGGUUUUAUAGCCAAAUAUAAAAUUUUAUUGCAUCUAAACUGGUAUAUUAUUAUUUAUAAAAUUAAUUAAUCUAGUCUAAUAUUCUCAAUCGCAAGCUCCACAAACAAACAAUACUGUUUUGUGAUAACUAAAUUAUUGGUUAAUAUUGGUUGUAUUAUAACUUAAUAAUUUGACUGUAAAUAAAAAUAAGGCAAAAUUGUCAAAUAAAAAUAGAAACACUUGGAUGACUGCUUUAUCUCCUAUCUUGAAAGUAUUUUGGUUACAUUAUAAAAAUACACAUAAAGAAGUAAAAAUAUGUGUGUUAUCGCACAUUAUACACAUUAGUAAGUUCCACAUAUUCGUAUAGACAACGUGCAGUCUUCAAAAAAAAAAACACAAACAUUUACCAUUUCUGAUCUGACUGGUUUUGUGAACGCUGUGUUUUUGGAGUUUUUCUACCUGAUAUUAGCAUAAAUAAUUUUUUUUUAAGUUAAAUUUAUUAAAUUUUGUACUUAAAUUGCCAUUAAAAUGAGCAGUUUGUCGAGAUUUCGUUUGAUAACUUUUGCUAUGACAGAUACUUUAAUUAAGUUUCGAACGGCACCGGGAAAGUUGUACGGUGAAAUUGGAGCUUUAUUUGGUGUCAGUCACAAUGAACAUCACGAUUUGGUCGCAAAAUUUAAGAUAAAUUGGCAUCACAUGAACACAACACAUCCAAUUUUUGGUCAAAAGUCAAAUAUUGAUGAGAAGGAAUGGUGGCGCUUACUAAUAAAAGGCACUUUCGACCACCAUAAUCUGUCGGAUGAAAAGAUUAACAAUAUGACAAAUUAUCUACUGGAUAUUUACAAAACUUCAAGUUGUUGGGUGGUUACAUUUGGUGCUGUGGAUUUCUUAAAAUACUUGAAUACACAAAAAUUUCAUGAUAACCGUACCAAAAAUAGUGAACAGCAAUUAAAUCUAGGAGUUAUCAGUAACUUUGAUUCGAGACUGGAAGUCCUUAUGAAGAAUAUGAAAUUAAAUGAAUAUUUUGACUUCUCGUUGGGCUCAUAUCAAGCAGGUUUUGAGAAGCCAAGUCGGGAGAUAUUUUCCAAAGCUAUGAAAUUAAGUGGAAUUCAAGAUUUAAAACCUUACGAAUGCCUCCAUAUUGGAAAUACACCAAUUACUGAUUACCUCGGAGCUAAAAAUGCAGGAUGGAGUUCUAUACUAGUUCAUGACAAGAUGGCAAAUCAAUUAAGAGAAAAGUAUGGUGAAAUUAUCGAAACCAAUCAUGUUUAUAAUAAUUUGUUAGAUUUACAUAAAAGUAUCGUUGAUAAUCGCAUUCAAUGGUGAAUUGUAAAUAAUUUUAAAAUAAUAAAUUGAGCUUAAUAUUCCAAAAGUGAAA